AUGCUUCCUGUUUAUUUAUGUCUUUAGUAGUUCUUAAAUGCUAGCAAGACUAUUGAAGAAUUUCCUAACAUUCCUGAGUCAUCAAAAUCCCUAUUAAAGAAAUACUUGACAAAGGAUGUUUAUAACAAACUUAAAACUGCAAAAGAUGCUAAUGGAUUUACUCUUUAGUAACUUAUUUCCUCUGGAUUAGCUAACCCUGAUUCAUCUAUUGGUGUUUAUGCAGGCUCAACUGAUUCUUAUAAAGUAUUUGCUCCUCUAUUAAACUAAAUUAUAAGCGAUUAUCAUCAGUAUGAUGUUAACUCAAAGCACACAUCUUCAUGGGAUAUAAGCUCUUACAAUUUUGAAGAGUUUAAUUCAAAGCACAAAGGAGAUUAUGUAAUAUCAACCCGUGUGAGAAUUGCUAGAAAUCUUGCUAAGUUCCCUCUAGGUACCAAUAUUACAAAAGAAUAAAGACAAGAAAUUGAAAAUUUAGCCAUCUAGGCUUUCAACUCCUUUGAAGGCGAGCUUAAAGGUACAUAUUAUCCUCUUGGAAAACUCACAGAGUAAGAAAAGAAAUAGCUUAAAGAAGAUCAUUUCCUUUUCAAGGAAGGAGAUCGUUUCCUUAAAGCAUGUGGAUGUGAACGUGACUGGCCUGACGCAAGAGGAAUUUUUAUCAAUCCUUCAAAAACCUUCUUAGUUUGGGUGAAUGAAGAGGAUUAGUUUAGAAUUAUUUCUAUGUAGAAUGGAGGUGAUCUCAAGCAAGUUUUCGAAAGAUUAGCAAAGGCUCAUGAAAUCAUCAACAAAGUUGCGUAAUUUUCAAUCACUGAAAACCUCGGAGCAAUUACAACUUGCCCAACUAAUUUGGGUACUGGUAUGAGAGCAUCGGUUCAUGUGAAAUUACCUCUUCUUUCAUCUGAUGAAAAAAGAUUCAAGUAAAUUGCUUCUAAGCACCAUUUAGAUAUUAGAGGUAUUGAUGGUGAGCAUUCAGAAUCAAAGGGAGGUAUUUUUGAUGUUUCAAACAAGAGAAGAUUAGGCUACAGUGAAGCUUAAUUAGCUCUAGAUAUGUACAAUGGAGUGAAUGAACUUAUUGAAGUAGAAAAGAAGUUACAGUUAGAAGUUUAUCCUAGCUUUCCCUAGUCUUCUAAGUCUCUUUUAAAGAAAUACCUUAGCAGAUAAUUAUUUGAUCAAUUAAAGCAUGUGUAAGAUAAUACAGGAUAUACCUUACAAUAAUUAAUAUCUUCUGGAGUUGCAAAUCCAGACUCUUCCAUUGGUGUUUAUGCAGGUUCAACUGACUCUUAUAAAGUAUUUGCUCCCUUGCUUGAUAAAAUAAUCGAAGAAUAUCAUAGUUAUGGUGUUAAUGGAAAGCAUAUCUAAAGCUGGGAUAUAAAUGCAUACAAUUUUGAAGACUUUAAUAUUAAGCAUGGUAGCAACUAUGUUGUUUCUACCCGUGUUAGAAUUGCUAGAAAUUUAGCUAAAUUCCCUCUAGGUACCAACAUUUCUAGAGAAGAAAGAAGAGAAGUAGAAAGACUUGCUAUGAAGGCAUUUGAUAGCUUUGAAGGAGAGCUCUAAGGCACAUACUAUUAAUUAGGUAAACUUACAGAUGCUGAAAAGAAGCAACUUAAAGAAGAUCAUUUCCUCUUCAAAGAAGGUGAUAGAUUCUUGAAAUCAUGUGGCUGUGAACGUGACUGGCCUGAGUCAAGAGGUAUCUUCCAUAACCCUUAAAAGACUUUCUUAGUAUGGGUAAAUGAAGAAGAUCAAUUUAGAAUAAUCUCAAUGUAAAAUGGAGGUAACUUAAGAGAAGUUUUCUAAAGAUUAGCUACUGCUCAUGAAAUAAUUAAUAAAGUUGCUGAAUUUGCUAUUACUGAACAUCUUGGAGCUAUUACCACUUGCCCCACUAACUUAGGUACAGGUAUGAGAGCUUCAGUUCAUGUUAAAUUACCCCUAUUAUCAUCAGAUGAAAAGAGAUUUAAGGCUAUUGCUGAGUAGCAUCAUUUAGAUAUAAGAGGAAUAGAUGGUGAACAUUCUGAAUCUAAAGGAGGUGUUUUUGAUGUUUCAAAUAAAAGAAGAUUAGGAUACAGUGAAGCUCAAUUAGCUCUUGAUAUGUAUAAUGGUGUCAAUGCUUUAAUCGAAGUUGAAAAAAGUCUUCAAGAAAAAUAAUAAAGUUGA